AUGCAAGUUUGUUUCGCUGCCCCAGUUAAGUUCUACUCGACGUAUUCAGAGCUCAUCCCGGCACCGAGAGGGUUCGAUACCAUAUUCAAUCCACUCCAGUCUGAUAAAUGGCAGCACUUCCCUGAGAACUUCCCUAGCAACCUCACACUCAGCUUAGGCAAGGAUAAGACAUGUCAUGUGGUUGUGGCGUGGAACGGAAGAACUAUGGAAACGAUUAAGGUAAAUCUGCUAGACAGUGCCCGAACAAUCCAGUUCACAGCACGUUGUCCCGCCAUCUCAUGUAAGUAUAUUGUUCUGACAGAGUCCGGAAUGUUUAUGAGGCGAUUUCAGGUUUCUCUCAAUAGUGAGGACGACUUUGAAAGACUACAAGUUAUCCUUGCCGGACUUCGUGUUGCUGUGAAGCCUGCUAGGCCGCGCAUGUCUACAGCGGAUCAGAGCAAAUUGAACUGUAAGUAUUUGGGACAACCGAACGUUUCUGCAAAUCCCUUAUCGACAAUCGAGUCCAAUACCUUGGCGGCUAAUCUUAGCGCUCAGAACGCAUUUUCCGAUAACUCGUUGGUGGAGAGUCAAUAUGCGACGGGGUCGGUAGAACAAGGAUUCCAAUACCCGCUGUGCUCACAAAUCUCGUCGGAAAUCCCGUGGCAGGCGCAGUCUGGUUCGUACUUUGCAACCGCACUAAACCAUUCAGAUACUCAAAAUGAAGCCCAAAUGGUCCUUCCCAAUCAAUGCUUCCCUUUUUCCAAUGACACGACUAGUCUGACCGGUCCGGCUCCGCCAAUACCAUCGAAACCUGAGGUUCCGAGCGAUUGUGGGAUGCAAAGUACUGUACAAAGCAUAUCAGUGGCUCUCAACAAAGAAACGAAAGCCAAUCUCGAAUUUACAACUGAAGGGAGCUGUUCGAUUUCUAAGUCGACUGAGGGGAAAGAUGUGACCUGCAUAGCACCAGCAGAACUCUUUACCGAGAAAAAAUCAUGUUUAAGCAAAGAUAACAUAGAGCUGCCCCAAUUACGUCGUGAUUUGAUUUCCAAGCCGCACGAAACAAGAAGUGAAGGGAAUCGCUCGCAAGAAAUCGCUAGCGAGCACUUGGCAAUCACAACCCCAUCUGAAAAAAAUGUUUUGGACAACGAACGAAACAUUCGGUCCGAGGAAGGCGCUAGUAAAAAAGGAUUAAAACCCUUAGGCGUAAACAAAAGUAAUGACACGAAAAACGAAGAAAAAGCAUCUAGGCAAUCGCCGAUAGUCCAGCCAGCGGCUACCUUUCAAAAGAUUAGGAUAUCCAAACGAGCUAUCAAGGAGAAACUGAAAGAUGAGUAUUUCAUGAAGUGGGUAUCAAAAGUCGAAGAGGCUUUGUCUGCGAUGACGGAUGUGCAAUCACCUUAG